UCUAAUUCCCGCCCAGAAGAAUGUGCCUCCUCGCCGAGGGAGGCGCCGGAAGUGACGCAGGGCCCUUCGCAGAUCCGGGAGUCGGAGGCCGUAGGACGAGCUCAGACCCCAUGUGCUCUUGGUUCCCGCCAGCCGGAGGCCCAGAACUCGGGGCCCCGAGGGAGCCCAGCGGCACCCCCGGCCUACUUCCCGAGUGGAGCCAUGUCUGGCAACGGCAACGCGGCUGCUACGGCGGAAGAAAACAGCCCAGAGAUGAGAGUGAUUCGUGUGGGUACCCGCAAGAGCCAGCUGGCUCGCAUACAGACUGACAGUGUGGUGGCAACGCUGAAAACCUUAUACCCUGGCCUGCAGUUUGAAAUCAUUGCUAUGUCCACCACAGGGGACAAAAUUCUUGAUACUGCGCUCUCUAAGAUUGGAGAGAAGAGUCUGUUCACCAAGGAGCUGGAACAUGCACUGGAGAAGAAUGAAGUAGACCUGGUUGUUCACUCCCUGAAGGACCUGCCCACCAUGCUUCCUCCUGGCUUCACCAUUGGAGCCAUCUGCAAGCGGGAGAACCCCUAUGAUGCUGUUGUCUUUCACCCAAAAUUUGUUGGGAAGACCUUAGAAACCUUGCCAGAGAAGAGUGUGGUGGGAACCAGCUCCCUGCGGAGAGCAGCCCAGCUGCAGAGAAAGUUCCCACAUCUGGAGUUCAAGAGUAUUCGGGGAAACCUCAACACCCGGCUUCGGAAGCUGGACGAGCAGCAGGAGUUCAGUGCCAUCAUCCUGGCUGCAGCAGGCCUACAGCGCAUGGGCUGGCAGAACCGGGUGGGGCAGAUCUUGCACCCUGAAGAAUGCAUGUAUGCUGUGGGCCAGGGAGCCCUAGGAGUGGAAGUCCGAGCCAAGGACCAGGACAUCUUGGAUCUGGUGGGUGUGUUGCAUGAUCCUGAGACUCUGCUUCGCUGCAUCGCUGAAAGAGCCUUCCUGAGGCACCUGGUAGGGCCUGUGUUCCACUUGUGGGGGGGGUGGAGACUUGGGGACCUGGGAAGGUGAGUGGGGAGAUUUCUCAAAUGAAUGAAUGUACCAGUGAGCGGGAACCGGUCUGUAUGUGGGAUCCCUGAGGAUGAUCCACAACUGGUAGGCAUCACUGCCCGGAACAUUCCACGAGGAGCCCAGUUGGCUGCGGAGAACCUGGGCAUCAGCCUAGCCACCUUGUUGUUGAGCAAAGGAGCCAUGCACAUCCUGGAUGUUGCACGGCAGCUUAAUGAUGCCCACUAACUGGUCUGUGGGGCAUAGGUGCCUGGGUUGCUGCUGUCCAGUGCCCACAUCCCAGACCACAGUGCCCCACUUUCACUGCUAACUGGGGAGUGAUAACCUCAGGAGACUGAACUGCAGGGUCCAAGACUUCCAGGGACUUGUCUCACCUUGGGGCCUUGGGGGCUGCCUUGCCUCCUCAGUGGGUGUGGGCUUCAUCUCUUUAAAGUCCAAGCCACUGCCUUUGAAUGUAAUCAACUAUAGUAAUAAACCAGCUCUGAAGGUG